GAUUGGCGGCGUUCACGCAUGCGUGUUGUCGGACUCUCCCGGUGUUUGACGGUAUUCGUGUGACCAGGGACCGGAUCAUGGCAAGUUCGGGGAGGAAGCGCAUCCUGAAGGAGGAAGAUAUCUCCAAGGUGGAGUUUGAGACAAGCGAGGAGGUGGAUGUCACCCCUACCUUCGACACGAUGGGCUUGCGGGAGGACUUACUGCGGGGUAUCUACGCGUACGGCUUUGAAAAACCAUCAGCAAUUCAGCAAAGGGCCAUCAAGCAAAUAAUCAAAGGGAGAGACGUCAUUGCUCAAUCCCAGUCUGGUACAGGGAAGACUGCCACGUUCUGUGUGUCAGUGUUACAAUGCUUGGACAUUCAGGUUCGUGAGACCCAAGCUUUAAUAUUGGCACCAACUCGGGAACUUGCAGGCCAGAUACAGAAGGUACUGCUUGCUCUUGGUGACUAUAUGAAUGUACAAUGCCACGCUUGUAUUGGAGGUACCAAUGUUGGAGAAGACAUUCGGAAGUUGGAUUAUGGACAGCAUGUAGUUGCUGGCACUCCAGGGCGUGUAUUUGAUAUGAUCCGAAGACGAAGUUUGAGGACACGCGCCAUCAAAAUGUUGGUUCUUGAUGAAGCAGAUGAAAUGUUGAACAAAGGUUUUAAGGAGCAGAUCUAUGAUGUGUACAGAUAUUUACCCCCAGCCACACAAGUAAUUCUGAUCAGUGCAACACUGCCUCAUGAAAUCUUGGAAAUGACCAACAAGUUCAUGACUGAUCCAAUCCGAAUCCUUGUCAAACGUGAUGAGUUGACCUUGGAAGGAAUCAAACAGUUCUUUGUAGCAGUUGAAAGGGAGGAGUGGAAGUUCGACACAUUGUGUGACUUGUAUGACACACUGACCAUUACUCAAGCUGUUAUUUUCUGCAAUACAAAACGGAAGGUGGACUGGCUCACUGAAAAAAUGAGAGAGGCUAAUUUCACAGUAUCAUCAAUGCAUGGUGACAUGCCACAAAAAGAGAGAGAGUCCAUCAUGAAGGAAUUCCGUUCUGGUGCAAGUCGAGUGCUCAUUUCUACAGAUGUUUGGGCACGAGGAUUGGACGUCCCUCAGGUCUCCCUAAUCAUAAACUACGAUUUACCAAAUAACAGAGAGUUGUAUAUCCACAGGAUUGGUCGAUCGGGUCGAUAUGGCAGAAAAGGUGUGGCUAUCAACUUUGUUAAGAAUGAUGACAUUCGUAUACUGCGAGAUAUUGAACAAUAUUACUCUACACAGAUUGAUGAAAUGCCAAUGAAUGUUGCUGACCUUAUUUGAAGGAAGUGAAAGACUGGAAGACCUGGAUGGGCCAUGGAUUGCAUUUCUACAGUGCAAAACAAAACACUUCACAUUAUAUUAGGACCUUGUUUGUGCUCCAUCUAGCUUUAACAAUUCUGGAUUUUACUUUCAGUACCUUGUGGUUUUGAAAACUAAAGCCAUUACUUUUUUCUUUUGUAAAGCAGGGGAUUAUUAAUUUGUUUUUGCAACUAUUAAAUAGAGAAUUUUAAACUCAUCUGUAAUUUUAGUGAAAUACUGUGUAUGGAUACCAUUUAUCUUCAUUAAAGUUUGAUAUUAAUGUCCUUUAAUGUAAGUCUGCAGCCACAUUUUAAGUUUUAGAAAUGGAGGCACUAAGUCUUGUGGUCUGUAGUAGGUAAGUUGCCAUUUGAAAAGGUGUUGACAUAAGAGGAGAGCCAAUUCUAUAUGCAAUUUGUGCAGUGAUCCUCAUUUCUUAUUUCUCCAAUUAAUUUCUUGAAAAAUGACUUUGUAAAAUACUUGGUUUGGGUUAUACUGAUAAGGCCAACAUUAUUUCCUUUGGCUUCUCUCAUUUCACUUGGGAGUUGCCUCAACACUGAUUCGACCAGAAGAUGGAGAAACUGACUAAUCACCUAUUUGUCUUUAAAUCAUUUUUUUUUAAAGGAAGUAUUGUUACAACAGCAUUCCAUCUGCUGUUGUGAUUGCUGGUAAUAAAGAAAACAGGAAUGUU